CCGAAAAUAAUCUUCAUCUCCUCGAGAUAGCGAGCCGGCCAUUAUAUGCUCUCCUUAUGAUCGCUCUUUUAAGAUGGGGUAUUGCCCGCCCUUCUGCACCACUACGCUGGUCUCGCUGCUUUGCGACUUCCACCGAGAAGGGAGACGAAGGUUGGCAAACUGUCAUCGGUCUUGAAAUUCAUGCUCAGAUCAAAACUGGCAAAAAGCUCUUUUCAAAAGCCUCUACGUCCUACGGACAUGUGCCUAAUACGAAUGUCGACGUUCACGAUGCUGCUUUCCCUGGGACUUUACCUGUUCUGGAUAUUAAUGCUAUUAGGCUGUCCAUUAUGACUGCCCUUGCACUCAAUUGUCAGAUUAAUCCUCGUUCCACAUUUGAUCGUAAGCACUACUUCUACCACGACAUUCCGGCAUCCUAUCAAAUUACUCAACAUUACAAUCCCCUCGCUUGGAACGGCCAUCUCGAAAUACGAGAAGGCGAUAACGGAUCUAAGCGUACCUUCAAUAUUGGUAUCAAGCAGCUGCAAGUUGAACAAGAUACAGCAAAGUCCCAAACAGUUGGCGAUGCUGUUCUUGUCGAUCUGAACCGUGCUGGCACGGGGUUGAUGGAGAUCGUGACGGAUCCUGAUAUGCGGUCACCAGAAGAAGCAGGAGCCUUUGUGAAGAAGCUGCAAGGUUUAUUGAGACGAGUGGGAUCUGCCGAUGGAGAUAUGGAGAAGGGUAAUCUGAGAGUCGAUGUCAAUGUCUCAGUGCACAGGCCGGGAAUGCCCUUCGGGACAAGAUGUGAGAUCAAAAACAUCAACUCUGUUCGCUUUCUCCAAGCAGCCAUUGAGUCUGAGCGUCAGCGACAUAUCGCCCAUUACUGCACAAGCCCAUUGGAACCGCUUGCCCAAGAGACGCGAGGAUUCAAUGAACUCACACUGCAAACGUACUCUUUGCGCUCCAAGGAAGAGGCUACGGACUACCGUUAUAUGCCUGACCACAAUCUCCCAGCUAUUAUCAUUGAUGAUGGAUAUCUUGACUCGCUUUGGAAAAACCUUCCAGAGAUGCCAUGGCAAAGUGUCGAACGGCUCGUCAAGACUUAUGGCGUAACCAAAAGAGAUGCAGAAACUCUUCUUGGUUUAGACGAAUACAGUGCUCAAGGAAUCGCGUAUUUUGAGGAGGUUGUCGAACAGGAUAAAAAGAUUGCAAAAAAGGCUACCAACUGGAUCGCACAUGAACUACUAGGGCAACUCGGCAAAGCCAUUAGGCCCUGGACACCGACCAUCGUCCCGGCUCCGUUAAUGCACGAACUCGUGACCGCUGUGGAGAGUCGCGAAAUCACUGGUACUACUGGUAAAGCUAUCGUCAAGCAUUUUGUCUCUCUACCCGAAUCUGCCUCACUUCCUCCAUCAUUUGCCGAACUUCUUGCCGAACUAGGCUUAACGCCCUCGGCUGCAUCUGUUGAAGAUCUUACAGAAACCUGUAAAAAGGCUAUGAACAACCAACCCAAGGCGGUAGCGGAUUUCAAGAAGGGAAAUGAAAAAGUGGUGAUGCGCUUGGUGGGAGAGGUUAUGAAAUUGUCUGGUGGUAAGGCAGAUGCGAUGAAGGCGAAAGACAUCUUGUUGGAUUUGCUCAAGGACUGAAAGCGGACCGGACGAUCUGAUAUGAUGAUGGUCUUUAACUUCAUAUGGUACUCAUUACAAGCACACCUAUGUA